AUGCCAAGAAAUCUUUGGCACUUUUGGAAGAGUACUGUGGUUCAGGAUGAGAUAGGAGGUUGGCACACAGAUCUUCUCUUUCCAAUUUUUCCUGAUUCAGGACCCAGAAAUCCUGAGUCUGAUGAUGGAGGAGGACCUGGGUAUUUUGCUGAAGGGUUCCUAACUGUACAACAUGCUGUUGAUAGAGCCAUAAUGCGAUACCAUGCAAGAAAUGCUGCAACAGACCUGUUUAAUACCACCUCUGUUUUUAUAAAGAGGUUUCCAUUCCCAGCUACCUCCAUUGAUCAUUUCCCUACUGUUCUCACCCUUUUUUUACCCUUGACAAUUUUAUUUGUUUUCUCCCUAAUCAUCCUCAGCAUGAUCCGUUUUGUUGUGUGGGAAAAGGAAAAUAGAUUGAAGGAGUACCUCCGCAUAAUGGGAAUUAGCAAUCUGUUGCUCUGGAGUUCCUAUUUCUUCAUAUAUUUUGUGUUUCUUCUUUUUACCAUCACUUUUCUGACUGUGGUAUUGACUAACAAGAUUGUAUACCUGCCAAUAAUCCACCACAGUGAAGGAUCUUUGGUGUUUUUCUUUUUGAUGUGCUCUGCCAUUGUUUCCAUAUUCUUCAGCUUCAUGAUCAGCACAUUCUUCAGCACUGCCAGUACAGCUGCUGCUGUAGGAGGUUUCCUCUACUUUAUUACCUACCUCCCAUAUCUUUUCAUCCGUUCUUAUUAUGGUGUGAUGACUCUCAAUAAGAAGCUGUUUUCCUGUCUUCUUUCAAAUGUUGCAAUACUCUUGGGGAUUCAGGUUCUAAUUGUCUCUGAAGUUGAAGAAAAUGGAAUUCAGUGGGCAAAACUUACACAGCCAGUCACCAGAAAUGAUAAUUUAACCUUUGGACAUAUCCUUGGAAUGUUGGUAUUUGAUUCUUUUUUCUAUGCCUUGGUGACUUGGUAUAUUGAAGCAGUUUUUCCAGGACGUUAUGGAAUACCCCAGCCCUGGUACUUCUUCUUGAUGAAAUCAUACUGGUUUAGAACUGCAACACCUACUGUAGAGAUAAACAUAGAACCCAACAGCCCUUUUGGAAAUCCAUACAUUGAAGAGGAGCCUGUAGGGUUGGAAGCUGGGAUUCAAACAAAACAUCUCUCUAAGGUGUUCACCAUAAACCAGGUUAAGAAAUAUGCAGUAAGUGAUCUGACUAUGAAUUUUUAUAAGGGACAAAUCACUGUCCUUCUAGGACAUAAUGGAGCAGGGAAAACCACCACUCUGUCAAUGCUCACAGGUAUGUAUCCUCCAACAAGUGGAGAGGCAUAUAUCUGUGGGUAUGAGAUCUCCACGGCCAUGGUUCAGAUCCGGGAGAGCAUGAGUUUUUGCCCCCAGUAUGAUAUCUUAUUUGAUCACAUGACCGUAGCUGAUCACCUUUAUUUCUAUGCUCAGCUGAAAGGCUUGACUCUGAAGGAGAGCCAUAAAGAAAUAGAUCAGAUCUUGAAAAUUUUCAGCUUAGAAGAAAAGCGCUAUGACUUUUCACAGUCACUGACUGCAAGCAUGAAGCGAAAGCUCAGCAUUAGCAUCGCAUUCUUAGGAGACUCCAAGGUAAUCAUUCUGGAUGAGCCAACAUCUAGGAUGGACCCUGUCACCAGAAGAAUCACCUGGGAUCUUUUUCAGGAUAAUAAGCAUGGCCACACUAUUGUGCUGACUACCCACAACAUGGACGAGGCUGAUGUGCUGGGUGACCGCAUUGCCAUCAUGGCCAAGGGGGAACUGCAGUGCUGUGGCUCCUCACUCUUCCUCAAACACAAAUACGGUGCUGGAUACCACAUGAUCAUAGUAAAGGAGCUUCACUGUGAUGCAGAGGAAAUUAGGCAAAUUGUUCUUCAAUAUGUACCAAAUGCCACUUUGAACAGUGACUUAGGAGCUGAGUUAUCUUUUAUCCUACCCAAAGAGAGUACAAACAGGUUUGAAGUUUUGUUUACUGAACUGGAAAAUAAACAAAAAGAUCUGGGUAUUGCCAGCUUUGGAGUUUCUGUAACAACCAUGGAAGAAGUCUUCCUUAGGGUUGGUAAACUGGUGGAUGCUGGUAUGGAUCUCCAAGCCAUCCAACUUUCUUCUUCGUGGAAUGAGAAAGAGGAAAUACCCAGAAAACAAUCAAUUACUAGAAAACACCAUAUUUGGAAAAGGAAUUGGCUUAGCAAGUUCAUGACCACAAACCUACAGCAUACCUCUCCUAUGAUGCUCAACACUGGGUGGAAGCUCUACUACCAGCAAUUCCAUGCCAUGUUGAACAAAAGAGCUAUGUACUGUUGGCGCAACUGGAAGAUGACAUUGAUACACAUUUUGGCACCUCUGGUAUUCACUUCCUUAUCGUUGAGUAGCUUUAAUUCUUUAGUUUCUCAAGAUAGUCCAGCCUUGAAGUUGGAUUUGAGUGAAUAUGACAAAACCAUUGUCCCUUUCUCUGUUUCUGGAAAUACAUCUCUGAUUAAUAAGAUCUCAGAAUACUUGAAUAUUAUGCUAAAGAGUAGAGGACAACAGCCCAAAUUAGUGACAGGUAAGCUAGAAGAUUUCCUGGUUCAAAGUAAAAGCUGUAUUGAGCACUGUAUUGUUGCAAUUUCCCUGGAAGUGAAUAACAGCGAGCUGAUCGCAACUGCUCUGUUCAACAACCAGGCAUACCAUUCAGCCGCAAUAGCCACUGCAGUUUUGGACAACAUCCUAUUUAUGCUGCUUUCUGGCCCCAGUGCUUCUAUUGUGGUUUCCAACAAGCCUCAGCCUGUCAGUGUCUUCAAUAAUGUGAAGAAUAUCUUUCUUGAUAAUUCUAACGGAUAUGAAAUUGCCAUUAGCCUAUCCUUUGGCCUAUCUACCUUGGCCAGUGCUUUUUCUCUCCAGACAGUCAGCGAGAGAGUAAAUAAAGUGAAGCAUAUGCAGUUUGUGGCUGGUGUAUAUGUCCUCAUUUACUGGUUGUCUGCCUUGAUAUGGGAUCUCUUCAACUUCUUCAUUCCCUGUUUACUGUUGCUGGUGGUGUUCAAAGCCUGUGAUAUAGAAGUUUUCUACAGUCACUUUAUGGGUGUCCUGAUGAUCUUCAUGUUAUAUGGAUGGUCCAUCAUUCCCCUCAUGUACCUCAUGAGCUUCUUCUUUUUACGAAGUGCUGCUGCCUAUACCAAGCUUGUCAUAUUUAACUUCUUUUCAGGAUGGGCGAGUUUCCUAUUUGUCUUCCUUAUACAAAUGAGAGCAUUAAAUUUUGGUAAAUAUGCUGAAAUCGUGAGCAGUUUAUUCCUGGUGCUUCCUGGUUACAACUUGGCAAUGGCUAUUAGUGGAUUUCAUGAAUUUAUCAAGAACAAGAAGUUUUGUGCUUUGUUUGCUACAACAGAAGAUGAUUGUCGUGAGUACGGGUCCUGCCAAGUGUCCAGCAGGGCCAGUGAUACUUCAUGGACAGUGGAAGAAGCAUACUUCAACAGCACAUUGUCCCUGACUGACAAAAGAACCUUGUCACCUGGAGAACAUGCCUUCCACUUCCAGUUCCUGUUGCCAACCACAGCACCCACAUCCUCCGAGGGGCCCUUCGGCAAGAUUGUGCACCAGUUGCAGGCUGUGAUCAACACCCCUCACUUCUGCAAGGACCACAAAUGCAGCUGUGUCUUCUCCAUCCUCAGUCAAUUGAACCUCAACAGCCUCCCAGACAUCGGGCAACCCAAUGAGGCCACGACUACCAAGAAGUUCUCUUACAAGUUGUUGAAGAGUGGGAGUGUUAUCCUCACUGCAAGCACUGACCUCAGGGGCUACGUUGUGGGUCAGGUGGUCCAGCUCCUUGCAGAUAUUGAGAACCAGUCUGGCAAGGACACAAAGCCCAUGGUGGCCAGCCUUCUCCAGAAAGUAUCCUUCAAGGCCAAGCACCGGAUCUAUGAUCUUCAGACAAUCACAGAGGUUGAAGGCUCAGGGGUGAAGGCCUGGAAGUGGGCUGAGUGGCAGGAGCAGAUCUUGGUGCCAGCCUUGCCACAGUCAGUGCUGCCUGGCUGGAGGAUAUCUGAUUCAGAAGCUAAAUCGCAGAGGCCAAUUACAGAGAAGACCUUGGCAAUGCAGGGUGAUGAAACACAGAGCAAUGUGAUCCCCAUUCCCAGGUCUAGCUCAGAGAGAAUUUUGGGCUUUGACCAAAUUAAUGGGAGCCCAGAAUGGAAACUGGGAAUAGAGAGUGACUUACCCACUCCUGUCAAAAAGAUGGAAUUUGAUGCAGCAACAUUUCCAGAAGAUGAAGAUGUGGCAAAGGAGAGAGAGAAAGUCCUGGCGUGCCCUAAAGAUAUGAUAUCAUCUUUGAAUAGCCCACUAGUUAUUAGGAAACUCACAAAGAUAUAUUAUAAGCCAGUCUCUUCUGUAGCUGUGGACAAACUCUCUCUAACAGUCCAGAAAGGGGAGUGCUUAGGGCUUCUUGGCUUUAGUGGCGCAGGGAAAACAACUACCAUCAAAAUGUUGACUGGAGAUGAGACUAUCACCUAUGGGGAUGCCUUCCUUGAGAAUCACAGCAUCUGCAGGAACAUUGGAGAGGUGAGAAAGAUAAUUGGCUACUGUCCACAAUUCAGUGCUCUCCUGGAUCAUAUGACAGGGAGGGAGAUGUUAAUGAUGUAUGCUCGGCUCCGAGGAAUCCCUGAGUCUCAUAUCCAACGUUAUGCGGACCAAAUUCUUCGGAUGUUACUAAUGGAGGCACAUUCAGACAAGAUCACAAAGACCUAUAGUGGUGGCACUAAACAGAAGCUAAGCAACGCUAUUGCCCUAAUUGGAUUUCCUUCAGUCAUCUUCCUCGAUGAACCAUCCACUGGCAUGGAUCCUGUGGCCCGACGUCUACUCUGGGAUGUGAUAACACGAACUCGUGAAUCUGGGAAAGCCAUUGUCCUGAGCUCCCAUAGCAUGGAGGAAUGUGAGGUGCUGUGCACCAGACUAGCCAUCAUGGCGAAUGGGAAGCUACAGUGCCUAGGCAGUCCUCAAUAUCUCAAGAACAAGUUUAGCAAGGGAUAUACUCUAAUGGCCAAGAUCAAGAGAGAGAGUAUGGAGACUGAGCUGGAAUAUUUCAAGAAAUAUAUCAUGGUGACCUUCCCAGGCAGUACCAUGAUACAAGAGCAUCAAGGAAUGGUCAAGUACCACAUUCCCAGUCAGAAUCUGAGCUGGGCAAAGGUGUUUGGUAUGCUGGAGAACAUCAAAGAGAAAUACAAUUUGGAGGACUAUUCCAUCUGUCAGACUACCUUGGAGCAAGUCUUCAUGAGCUUUGCUAAUCUAGAAGAGAUGGAAGAAGAAUGA